CUAUGGAACGAUUUUUGGCAGUGAAAUUACAAGGGUGAUGUCUACCCUUCCAGACUAAAGGAUAAAAUAAAAUUCGAUGUCUGGCUCCGAAAUUACGUCAACCCUUGUUUUGCUGCUUUUGUGAGACACAGCUGUGUUUACGUAACCAUGGCGUGGCACACGAAAUUUCACUGUGCAGCGGUACUUCUAGCGUUAACAGUUUUCUUAGCAACAACGAAAUCCGAGCCUUCGUGCGCAAACGGUUCCAGCUAUGUAGCUGACUGCCUCCACACCUACCUAGAAAGAGAUUUUCCUUCUAUCGAAGCCAUAGUCUUUCCCAAAAAACGAGGCAAUCAAAAGGAUAAAGUGUUACUACUAGACGGGCCCGAACUUGAAGAUCAAUGCCAUCGCAUUGGAGAAGUUGUAGAAUGUUUGGAAGAUCUUCAACCUGAAUGCUAUUAUUACAACGAAUUUUUCCCAUUCCGGCAUUUGGUAGCAUCACUUCGUAAAUCCAUCAACUGGGUGUGUACGCCGGAACACCUUCGCGGUCGAUUUCGAACAUUGCUCAAUGCCUUCAACUGCUUGGAGACUGCUCGUCAGCAAGCCGGCUCUCAAGACCAGGCUUGUUUCCAUCCUAACAUUCCAGCGAAUAUAUGGCAACGAAUCGUUAGACUUCAAAGUGGGACAGAAGUCUGCAAGGCGUUGGCCAGCCAUAUGAACUGCACCCACGGUUACACCACCAGCUGUCCCGUUGAAGCGCAAGUCGUUUAUAAAGAGUUAAAUCAGUUAUUUUUGAAUGCAUGGUGUACACCAUCCCAGAUCUAUGCAAGUCGGGCAGAAUCACCUUUUUCCUCUUGCACUCUCUCUUUAAUCAUAGCUUUGGCACUUAUCAGUGUGCAAAGCUAUUUCGCAUAAAAUAUGUAAGGAAUACAAGGAACGGAAUGAA